GCCAAGCCAAGCAAGCCGUGGUCCGUGGAGCUAGCGCAUCGACAAGGUCGUAAGUAAAUUAAUUAAGUUAUGUCGCACAUCGCCGUGGAGCGCAACCGGCGGCGGCAGAUGAACGACCACCUCAAGGUGCUCCGCUCGCUCACGCCCGCAUUCUACAUCAAACGGGGCGACCAGGCGUCGAUCAUCGGCGGCGCCAUCGACUUCAUCAAGGAGCUACAGACGCUACUGCAAUCGCUGGAGGCCCAGAAGAAGCGCAGGCAGCAGCCGCAGGCGCACCUAAUCUCGCCGGCAUCGAUAUCGGCCUCCGGCGGCGGCAGCCCCAGCCCCACGCCCAGCCCGCGCUCCCUCAUCACCUCCUGCUCUCCCACUGCCGCCGCCGGCAGCAGCGCCGGCAGCUCAUCCUCCAUCUCCCCCAAGGACGAAAAUAAGCAGCAGCUGCAGCUGGUAGCAGAGCUCGCCGCCUGCUGCAACUCCCCCAUGGCCGACGUGGAGGCUAGGAUCUCCGGCGCCAACGUGCUUCUUCGCACGCUCUCUAGGCGCGCCCCUCCCGUCAGGAUCAUCGCCCUUCUCGAGAGCCUCCAUCUCGAGGUGCUCCAUCUCAACAUCACCACCAUGGACGACACCGUCCUCUACUCCUUCGUCCUCAAGAUCGGCCUCGACUGCCACCUCAGCGUCGACGACCUUGCCAUGGAGGUCCACCAGUCCUUCAUGCCGCCACCUGCAGCCCACCCCGAUAAUCACCUCCAUUCCUAGCUACCUACCUACCUUAAUUUGCUUUUUCUAUAUAUAUAAUAGUAUCGUCACCUCGCACGAUUCAUCAUGCAUGUUCC